GUUGAUUGACGCUGUCUGCGCCGGGGAGGAGCAGUCGGCGACGCCCGGUCUUUAUUUGUUGCUGAAGGGGCCUGGGCCUAGGUCUUGGUCCUCGGUGUGUGGCAGUUUUUUGCGUGACACAUUCUGGGACUCCUCACCUCUCCCGCGCCCGCUCUUUUGACAUCCUCCCUUUGCCCCCGCUUCUCCCGCGUCCCGUCCCCACGGGGUGUGGGGGGGUGGGGUUGCAAAACCCGCCGGAGCCAUGGAGGACGAAAUUAUUCGGAUCGCCAAGAAGAUGGAUAAGAUGGUGCAAAAGAAGAACGCGAGAAUGGCCACAGGCCGGUGUGGUCGGGAGGCUGGUAUUGUGUGUUUACACACACUCACACACAUUAUUGGGGGGACCCCGGCAGGUCUUCUACCUUGACUUUUUUUCCCCCUUGGUUUACUCUGCCACCCUCCCUCUGCUUUCCUCCCCCAACCACCUCUCUUUUUCCACCAAGACCAAUGGCCGGGGCACUGGAUUUACUAAAGGAACUUAAGAAUAUUCCCAUGACUCUGGAAUUAUUGCAGUCCACAAGAAUUGGAAUGUCAGUAAAUGCUAUACGAAAGCAGAGCACAGAUGAAGAAGUUACAUCCUUAGCGAAGUCUCUCAUCAAAUCCUGGAAGAAGUUACUGGAUGGACCCUCCACUGAUAAAGACUCUGAUGAAAAGAAGAAAGAACCUGCUAUUUCCUCCCAAAACAGUCCUGAAGCAAAAGAAGAAAGUAGCUCCAGUAGCAAUGCAAGCAACAGAAAGGAAGAGACAAAUGCUUCUGAUUCCUUCAUUCCAUCUUUUCCCCGGGCACCAAGCACUUCAGAUUCAGUUCGAAUGAAGUGCCGAGAGAUGCUUGCUGCAGCCCUCAGAACAGGAGAUGACUACAUUGCUAUUGGGGCUGAUGAAGAAGAGCUGGGAUCUCAGAUUGAGGAAGCUAUAUAUCAGGAGUUACGGAACACAGACAUGAAAUAUAAAAAUAGGGUACGAAGUAGAAUAGCAAAUCUCAAGGAUGCAAAGAACCCAAAUUUAAGGAAAAAUGUACUGUGUGGGAACAUACCUCCAGAUUUGUUUGCUAGAAUGACGGCAGAGGAAAUGGCUAGUGAUGAACUUAAAGAGAUGCGCAAAAACCUGACCAAAGAAGCAAUUAGAGAACAUCAAAUGGCUAAGACUGGUGGGACCCAAACUGACCUCUUUACAUGUGGCAAAUGUAAAAAGAAGAACUGUACCUAUACACAGGUUCAGACCCGCAGUGCUGAUGAACCUAUGACAACAUUUGUUGUCUGUAAUGAAUGUGGAAAUAGAUGGAAGUUUUGUUAGAAGAAGGAAUUGGGACGAUACCUGGAUACUUAUGAAAGAAGAUUUUGUAAUUAGCUUUAAAAACUAGGCCAAGAAUCUAGUUUCCCUGCAGAUGAGAUUUUUAAAGCAGCAUACAUCCUUUGGGUUAGUUUUUUUGUUUUUGACACAACCAUCCCUUUCUUAAAAGCCUUCUUAUAGUUAGUCAGUGGUAAAAUCUGAUAGUCAAUUGUAUGGUGUAUGUUUAAAACUAUUUUUUCAUUUUUAUAAGUGUCAACAUUAGACUUUUAUCAAUUUAAACUUUUGGUAACUUGUUUGUUUUUCGUAACAAAUGGAAAAUGUACUUUAACUUUUUUACAAUCUGAGACCUACACAAGAGAUUUUUUACUUCUCUAUUAAUGUGAAAGUGGAAUUUGCAUUUGUUUCCCUAUUGGCAUGUUACUACUUACAUUAAGGGAGAAGAAAGAUUAGUGUAAUUUUAGGUUUACCAAAUGUAGUGUGGUAAUGAAAUAAUACUUGGACAGCUUGUCUAGUUUGUAAAUAUCAUUUUUGAAUUAGCAUCUCACUUUGAUUAUAAUGAUAAUAAGCCUUAGUGAUUAGAUAUCAAUUUGCAUCUGUGACUAGUUGUGACCAAUAUCAUUUGUCAUACUACUUAAGUCUGUAAAUUACUUGCUCUUAAUAUUUCUUACUUUUGGAAAAAUUACUUUAAGUAGUUUGUUAAAACUGAUCAUUUCUUUGUUUUUUUAUUUACUUGUUUGACAUCAAAUUUUUAGAUUUUGCUGAUGAACAAGAUCAUUGUUUGGUAGAUUGUCAGCUACAGUUUAGGCCUGUUUUUCACAAAAAGAUAGAUUGAGGGAAAUAAUGUUAAACUUCACCAGUUUUUCUAAACUGUUUUUGAACUUUAUUUUGAUGUGUGGAACAAUAAUAAUAAUAAUAAUAAUCAGUGACAAAGCUUGAGAAGCCAGUUUGCAACAUUAAAACUAUGUUCUUCCCACAUCUAGGUUGUGAUAAAAAUUUUUUUCUCCUGAAGCCUGUUUUUGUUGUUGUUGUUGUUUUUGUGGGGCAGUGGGGGUUAAGUGACUUGCCCAGGGUCACAUAGCUAGUAAGUGUCAAGUGUCUGAGACCAGUUUUGAACUCAGGUUCUCCUGAAUCCAGGGCCAGUGCUUUUAUCCACUGUGCCACCUGGCUGCCCCCCUGAAGCUUAUUUUCUAAUUUUAUCUUUUAAAACCACUAAAUCCUGUUCAGUAAAACUAGGAUAUCCUUGUUCAAACUCUUCCUUAAUGGCAAUGCAAUUUUUUUCCAUCUUCAAAUGCUAACCAGAUAAGAGUAAAUAAUUUUGGAAUGGUCUUGUCGUGGUUUUUUUGUACCAUUUCAUAUUCACUCUGUCUCCCCCAAAUGUGCAUAUAUUACAGGUCAAUUUGGUAUAAUGUAAAAACUAUCUAACAAAUUGGUUAAAAUAUGUAUUUAAAAAAUUGGCCACUCCAUCCCCAAAAUGACAGAUAGAAUCUACCGAAGUGAAGAGAAACAUUUGACUUAUGGUUUAAAAACUAUAAAGGAAAUUUGAAAAAAAGUUAAAAAACAUUGUUAAUAGAAAUCUCAUGUAACUUAAAGUGUUAAAUUUUUCAAGCAACUCAAUAAAGGUCUUUUUAUGAAUUUA